CUCAGCCCCGGCCCCUGGGCAGCUCCGCGCCCCUCUCCCGGCCCCCACUGGGCACAGCGCUCAUUUAAAGACAUGAGACUCGAGAGCCUGGCGAGCAAGCCACUGCAUCGAGGUCGAGAAUGAGUCCGUCCGUUCUGCCAUCCUUCUGUCCUGCUGGCAGGAGUCCAGAGACAGCAGUCAGGGAAUGAGGGAUCCCUGGGGCGGGCAUGGAACCUCUGCUUGGCUGGGGGCCACCCUCCUGCAGCCCGACGCCCACGGCCGACUUCCUGAGUCUGGCCCUGUGUCUUCUCCUCCUGAGAGCCCCGUCCUGCUCCCUGGCGACGCUCUCGUGCAAAGAGGAGGAGUUCCCGACGGGGACCGUGUGCUGCCCCAAGUGCAGGCCAGGCUACCGGGUGAAGGAGGCCUGUGGGGAGUUCACGGGCACAAUGUGUGCGGCCUGCUCGCCGGGGACCUUCACCGCCCACCUCAACGGCCUGCGCGAGUGUCUGCCGUGCCGGGUCUGUGACCCAGGCCUGGGCCAGGUGACCCGGCGGAACUGCUCCACCACGGCCAACACCGUGUGCGGCUGCGGGCGCGGCCACUUCUGUGUGCGCGAGGACGGCGACGCCUGCGUCCAGUGCAGGCCCCACAGCGCCUGCCGCCCAGGCCAGAGGCUGCGGGAGACAGGCUCCGAGGGGCAGGACACGCAGUGCGAAGACUGCCAGCCUGGCACCUUCUCUGCGGGGGGCACCCAGCCGGCCUGCACGCCCUGGACCAAGUGCAGUGGCCCGCUGGCCAGGGAAGCGACGCCUGGGACCAACAGCUCAGACGUGACGUGCUCCUCCGGGGGCCUCGCCAUCGUCAUGGUCUCCACCGUCACCGGCGUCAUCAUCGUCAUCACUUCUGUGUUACUUGGACUCAGGCUCAUCAGAACCAGAAAGUCACGUGGAGAACUCGCCUUUCCUCAGGUAUUGCUGCCUGUCCCCCCGCUGGCGGGGACAGGAGAGCGGGCAGAAAGGAACCAGCACGGGGACCUGCAGGCCUCCCGGGUCCAGCCAGACGUCACCACGGAGCCCGUGGAGGAGACAGCAGCCAUGUUCCCUGAGAGGGGCCCGCCAGCUGAUACGUGGCUUCGGGGUGCGGACGUCUGAGCCAUCUCCGCGAGGCUGCGGCCAGCGGCCAGGCCCCCGAGGACCAGAUACGGGGUCAGGGGAGCCGCCGGGACCCACUCCUGGAGGCCAGCCCGCACCGGGCUGAGGAAGAGACCACCUGCUGCGCCCGGGGCUUUGGGACCACCCACGUCUCCCCAUCAGGCUCCUGAGGUGCCUGAGCCUCCCCCCUCCUGACCCAGCGGGUGAGGACCCAGCCCAGGGCGCUCCUGCCUCCCCCCUGCCGCCCCGGGCCCUGCUCAGCUGCUCAGCUGGAGGUCGGGCCCUCAGGCACCUCCUGGGGCUGGGACUGUGCACGGUGGUCAUGUCUGCGCAUCAUAUGACUAACAGUCUUGGAAGCUGUAGGGAGCGGCUCUAGGGUCAAGCCUCGGGCUGACCUGUGGCAGGGCCUCAAACAAGUCCCAGCCUGGAGGGCAGAGCUCUCCUAGAAUAAUUAAGCCUGACCUUGUAGCCCUCCCUCAUUCCUUCCUAUGUAGCUCAUGGGCUAUGGGAGGUGCAGCAAGUGUUUCCAAAACAAGAACAUUUGUAUAGCUGAAACCAGUUUGGCUCAGUGGAUACAGCGUCGGCCUUCGGACUGAAAGGUCCCAGGUUUGAUUCCAGUCAAGGGCAUGUACCUGGGUUGCGGGCACAUCCCCAGUAGGGGGUGUGCAAGAGGCAGCUGAUCUAUGUUUCUAACUCUCUCCCUCCCUCUCUGUAAAAAAUCAAUAAAAUAUAUUUUUUAAAAAGACGCCAGAGGUUUCUAAAAAACAAAACAAAACAAAACAAACAAAAAACACACAUUUGUAUACAUGUUAAUCUACCCUUGUUUUAAUCUGACUAUAAAAUAAAGCAUCAGCUUGCA